AUGUCUUCGUUACCCCCACCCCCAGAGCCCCAGAGCGGCAACUUGGGCUCGACCAUCCUCGGCCCUCGUAACGCCGACCGCGAGCGCCAGAACCCCGACACGAUCUGCUCCCCGCCGACCGACUGGGGAACCGUCCUCCACAUGAAGUGGUCAUGGGCAGAUUCGCAUAUGCGCCUCGAAGAGGGCGGCUGGGCGCGAGAGGCCACCGUUCGCGAGAUCCCCAUGUCGCGCGACUUUGGCGCCACAAACAUGCGUUUGGAUGAAGGCGCUGUCCGCGACCUGCACUGGCAUAAUGAUUCCGAAUGGGCAUACAUGCUUGAGGGCCGUUGCCGCAUCACUGGCAUCGAUUAUGGAGGCGACUACUUCGAGGAAGAUGUCGGGAAAGGUGAUCUCUGGUUCUUCCCGGCUGGUGUUCCGCACUCGCUCCAGGGCCUCGAGGGCGGCUGUGAAUUUCUCCUGAUGUUCGACGACGGCGAGGCAUCAGAGUACAAGGCCUUCCAGUUGAGCGACUGGUUCGCGCACACCCCGCGCGACAUCUUGCGCAAGAACUUCAAGGUGCCAGAGUCGACGCUCGAGAAGAUCCCGACGCGUGAGAAGUUCAUCUUCCGCUCGAUCCUAUCGAAGAAGAGCACAGCGGAAGAGACGCAGCCAGGCAGCAAGCCGACUGCGCGCCGCAUGACGCACAGGAUGCUCGCACAGCAGCCGAUCAAGACCGCUGGCGGGGAGGUGCGCAUCACAGACAGUAGCAUCUGGAGCAUCACCACGGUCAGCGCUGCGCACGUCAUCAUCUACCCUCACGCACUGCGGGAAAUGCACUGGCACCCGUACGCAGACGAGUGGUCCAUGUUCAUCCGCGGGAAGGCCAUGGUCACGAUUUUCACGGUGCAAGCGACGCGCACAUACAACUUCCAGGAGGGCGACAUCAUGAUCGUCCCACGCAACUGCGGGCACUACAUCGAGAACAUUGGCGACGAGCCGAUCGAGAUGCUCGAGAUCUUCAAGUCGCCCAAGUUCCAGGAGUUCUCGUUGAACCAGUGGCUUGCGGUGACACCCGACUUCAUUGUGAAGGAAUCCCUGAGCGUUGGCGACGAGUUCAUCCAAACGCUGGACAAGGGUCACACGCCCAUCCGCGACGCGUCCAUGCCGUGA